AACCCUAAUUUACAUGUAUCUAUUAUAUAUGUAUAGCAACAUAAAUUUGAGUUAUCAGUUUGUAUUUGACUAAUUGUUUAUACAUAUAUAUAUGCAGUUUGAUUGACGAACAAUUAGGGUUCCGAGAGAGACAUUGAAGAGAUGGCUCGUUUCCGAAAUAAGAAGAAGAAGGUAUUCAUAAAGCCGGUUCUGAAGAAAAAGCAGCCGGAUGUCGAUCAUAUCACCGGUGACAAAAUCCCAAGAAGCUUUGUAUUUUCAAGAGGGAAGUUACCCGGUUCUCUUAGACAGUUGCAAGCGGACUUGAGAAAGUUGAUGCUUCCAUAUACUGCCCUUAAGCUUAAGGAAAAGAAGCGGAAUAAUAUCAAAGACUUCUUAAAUAUUGCAGGGCCCAUGGGCGUUACACAUUUCCUCAUGUUAUCAAAAACUGCCACUGCACCAUACUUGAGGGUUGCCAGGACUCCACAAGGCCCCACUUUAACAUUUAAAAUACAAGAGUACUCUUUGGCAGUUGAUGUUGCUCAAUCUCAAGUGCGCCCUAGAUGUCCUCAAGAUCUUUUCAAAAACUCGCCCUUGAUUGUUCUUUCUGGUUUUGGGACUGGGGAGCAACAUCUGAAGCUUACAACCAUUAUGUUUCAGAACAUCUUUCCAGCCAUUGAUGUUAACACUGUCAACCUUUCUUCGUGCCAGAGAAUUGUGUUACUAAAUUAUAAUAAGGAGACAAAGCUGAUUGACUUUCGGCAUUAUUCCAUUAGAUUACAGCCUGUUGGGAUCUCACGCAAAAUAAGAAAGUUUGUGCAGAACCAUCAAGUUCCUGAUUUAAGAAGUCUUCAAGACGUGAGCGACUUUGUCACCAAUUUGGAUGCUGAUCAUUCUUGCUCUCCUCUUUUCACCUUAAGGGCUGGUUAUGGAUCAGAAAGCGAAGCAGAUGAGGAAGCGGCAACUGUAAGUCUAGCAAGUGAUCUUGGUAGGGUUAACCGAGCUUCUACAAAAAGUGCUGUCAAGCUUCAAGAGAUUGGACCUAGGUUGACUCUUCACCUCAUCAAAAUUGAGGAAGGAUUGUGUUCUGGUGGAGUCAUAUUCAGUGAAUAUGAAAAUCAUGGUGUAAAGAAAACGCAGCAAGAGGAAGAGGAAGAGGAAGAGGAAGAAGUUGAGGAAGAAAUGGUGGAAGAUUAGCUCCCAGCUAUUUGUUUGAGGACACUUGGUUUAAUGGUUGUUGAGUCGAGCAGUUAGGUGGCUCAUUUUUAUUUUUUCUUACUUUUGUUUUUUUGGUAACUGUUCUACAGGGUGCCAAUCUUGAUAAGCUUCCAAUUUUGUCAUUGAAGAUCUAGAUAUAGCUUGAUAAUACCUUUUUUGUUUUUUUGUGUUUGUGGAAAAUGAGCUAUAGAUUCAAUUCCUAGGAAGUGAAAGUUUUAAGUUCGAUUAUGAAUGUCUUAAAUUUUUUGUUUUUUAUUGGAUUAUUCACAGUAUGUAGAAAUUUAUGUUCAAAUUUGAGAUGGGGCUGCACUAAUUACUGUUCUGACAUUGA